UUCGGUGUAGUUGAGUAACAUAAAACUCAAGAUGGUUAAUUACUUCAUUUACGCAAAAGACUUUUCGGGGUCUACGCAAGGUGAAAAUUAUUUUCACAGCAAUGGUAUGAAAUCGUUUAAAGAAUUUAAAAGUGACGUGGAGAAAAUAGAAAAAGAACUUUUGGAUGCCGAAGAGCCUUCAACAGAAUCUAAAAUAAUUUACUUACACUGGGGAGACGAAUGUUACGAAGUUGAUGAAGAUGCAACUGUGAUAGCAUAUAACGAACUGCAAUCUGGAAACAUGGGUACAGAUCCAGGAACGAUUAUUGAAUGGAUAAAAACCAAAAGUGAUAUCUGUGGUGAAAAUAAUAAAAUCAAGCUACUGUAUAUUAUAACUGAUGGUUUGAUUGACCAUAAUGAAGCGAUGAGAUGUUUUAAACUAAAUGAAGAUAUGAAUUACGAAAGGGUCGUUUUUCAUGCCUUUAAUGAAUGGGAAUAUAAUAUAGAUCUCUCUGUAGCCGCGUCAUUUUUAAAAUGCCAAUGCAUGGUUUAUCGUAAUUAUGUUCUCUAUGAUAACGUAAAUAUUUCAGAAGAGUAUGACUACAAUAAAAUUAAUCUUGAUAAUUUUGCAGACGAAAAGGAAAAUUUAAAGUCUUAUAUCAAAUUAAAGUAUAUCAAUACAUUCAAACACGACGCUCUUGCUUUACAAGAGAUAGAUAAAUUGAAGAAAUUGCGAAAUCGACUGUUUGCAGAAUUGUCAUCCAAAUCUCAAAAGAAUGAAUCGAAUCUCAAUACGAAAGACAAAAAUGUAUUUUUGGCCGAAUUCGUUAAAACAGACUGGUACAUCAACCUCAACGCUCCAUCUCAUAGUUGGAAGGUUGAGGUUGAAAAAGCCAUUUCAACCUUGAUUAAUUACAUUGUCAGCGACACAAAAUCUUACUCGUUUGACGCAUUGAAAUUCGAGACUAAAUUUGAUAAUCCUAUUGAAGAAGAGCCGAUUGUAGAAGUUAACUUUGCAGCCGAACAAGAAAUAGCAUUCCCCGAUAUUAUUCUAGAUGAUGAUAAAGGAAUACCUGUUAUAUUAUUAACAGAAUUUAACAUGCUAGACAAACUCAUCUUUCACAGAACAAACGAUUCGACUGAAGUAUCACCUGCUAGUUUUAACAAAUUUAAGUCAACGAUGGAGUGUCCGUUAUUUUUGAUAAACAAUUCAGAUAUAGGUGAGUCUAUCGGAUACUUUUAUACUUUAAAUGUGUAUAAACAAUUAUUGACAAACACCAAUAAGACUGAGCCGCGUACUCGAAGAUCAUACCAUGGCGGCCUGGUGCUCGUCGACACGGAUGAAUUUGAUAAAUACAAUGAUUACAUUCUAGCGGCGACAUAUUUUGAUUUCAAAAAGGUAAAUUACAAUAUUGGUUUAUUUUAUUAUAUUUUGUGGAAAAAUUGCGAAAAUAAAGAAUGGAUGGAUAGAAAUGUGGUUAAACAGUUUAAGAAAUAUGUAAUGCGACGCAUUAGUGCGACUGUGUGUAAAAUUGGGUUAUCAGGAUUGCCGCUAGACCCUCCAUAUGUUACGUCUUUACCAACUGCUUUGUGGUACUGCGUUGCGUUAUCAUCAUGCAUAUUUAGAAAUGAUCAAGAAAAUUUCACGCACGAACGUUUAAGAAUGUAUUACAGCGUAGCGCAUUGUAUGAUCGAAAUAUUAAAGGAUCUCAAUUACGAUUUAGAUUUAGAGUCUAUUGGAAAACGUAGAGAUGUAAUUAGGCAUGUUAUGAUUUUGAAAAAAAUUCCAACGCAUGGAGAAAGAGUGUAUUAUUUGUUAGAAAGAAUAUUCAAAAAUGUUAACGGUUUUCUCGUAUCUGAAAUCGAAAAACCGUUUAACUUAAAGAAACUGAGUUACUUAAACUUGGAUCACAAAGGUAUGUUAGGCGAUGAUGAUAUUAAUGAUGGUGCAGUUGUUAACCUUAAUGACUACGUGCACUUAAUGUAUUUUAUAAAUGAUAAAAACAAAUCAAAAGAUGGUAAAGGUAUGUUUGAAAUAUGUGACAAAACAUUCCGUCCUUUUUUUACUGUUGAGAAUAACAAAUCAUUUUACGCAGAAUUAAAUGAGGUUUCUAAAAAAGUAGUUGUAAAUGUCGAUAGUGACAAAGUAAAUGUUUCUUACGAUGCAAUUGAUAAGAUGGAGUUUGAUAGGAUUUUGUCUGUAUACAAUUUGUUUAUCAAUUGCGUCAAAGAUUCUGAGAAAUAUCCAACCUUAGAUGAAUACAUUGAAUACAUUUUAAAGAAAAAGAAAUAUCACGGUGAUCUGGUAACAAUUUUUCCAUCGAAUGUUAUUUACAUGAUUAAAGAAGUUUACUCGCGUUACCAGGAUAUAGUGAAAAAUGUCGACGUUAAAGAAUUUAUACACAUAUGUAAAAGUUAUGUAAGUCGUAUUGAACGUGUUAAGAUAGAAGGAAUAAUGACAUUUAAUAGCGAUAAGGAAAUUCUAGAAUUUAUUAUUAGUGAGGAACGUAAAGUUAAUUUGAAAAAAACCGGCCAAGACAAACCACGCGUAGUGAAGAGCUCUGUGCCUUCAAACCAGGCAAAACCCCAACAAACAAAACAAAUAAAAAAACAAAAUGGUCCGCCGCGGCACUUUAGAGGAAGGCGUCCUUUUAGGAGGAGGAGAGGUUUUGUGCCGAAUACUCAAAAACCGACGAACUGA